CAAAUCACCAGGUGCUACGUCAUCACUAAUCAUCCCUCUCAGUUUACACUACCGCCACCCACCCUCCUAUUGAUUUAAGCACUCCCUAGUGCCUCCGUAGUCCCCACUCCACUGGACAAAGAUACCCUUCAUCGAAACGUCUUAUCUGGGUAAUAACGUCUUUUACAGGUGGAGCCGCCUAUGCGAGUGCCCAAAUGCCAAAUCACCACGCAGAAGCCCAUUCUGAAUCCAAAUCAUUAUAUUACACGCAUCGUCAUCUUAAUCCUGCAGCGCCAUUUUCAGGCUUCUAUUGAGAGCUAGCGUGCAAUUGAAAAGCUGCAUACCUGCGUCGCCUUAAAUUACCGCAGCCAGUACCUCUUUUUUGUUUUGGAGGCGUUGCCGUUUCGACUCGCUACUCGCACUGUCAUCUGUUUCUUUCUUCUUCCUCUGUAAGAAAUGUCAGUUAUAGGGCGGAGAGGAGUUCAUUACUUGCAGAAACUAAAAGCUGCGAACAUCCCUGCUGAGUUGAUAGAGAAGGGUCAAAAUCGCGUUAUUGAUGCUUCUCUUACUCUUAUUCGCGAGAGAGCAAAGCUUAAGGGAGAGCUUGUGCGUGCUUUAGGAGGUGUUAAAGCAUCAUCGACUCUUCUUGGAGUUCCUCUGGGACAUAACUCAUCAUUUCUUCAGGGCCCAGCAUUUGCUCCUCCUCGAAUUAGAGAGGCCAUUUGGUGUGGUAGCACUAACUCGACAACGGAAGAAGGGAAAGAAUUAAAUGACCCCCGGAUUCUAACUGAUGUGGGUGAUGUACCUGUUCAAGAAAUUCGAGAUUGUGGUGUAGAUGAUGACAGAUUGAUGAAUGUUAUAAGCGAGUCCGUCAAGCUAGUGAUGGAACAGGAUCCAUUGCGUCCAUUAGUUUUAGGUGGUGACCAUUCAAUAUCUUUUCCUGUGGUACGAGCAGUCUCUGAGAAGCUUGGAGGACCUGUAGAUAUUCUUCAUCUGGAUGCUCAUCCAGAUAUCUAUCAUGCUUUUGAAGGAAAUAUAUAUUCUCAUGCGUCAUCUUUUGCCCGAAUAAUGGAAGGUGGUUAUGCUCGGCGGCUCUUGCAAGUGGGUAUCAGAUCAAUCACAAAAGAAGGUCGUGAGCAGGGCAAAAGGUUUGGAGUUGAGCAAUUUGAAAUGCGAACCUUCUCAAGAGAUCGCCAGCUCUUGGAAAAUCUGAAAUUAGGGGAAGGUGUAAAGGGUGUUUAUAUAUCCAUAGAUGUGGACUGCCUUGACCCUGCUUUUGCUCCUGGUGUAUCUCACAUUGAGCCUGGUGGUCUCUCUUUCCGUGAUGUUCUCAACAUCCUCCACAACCUUCAAGCUGAUGUUGUUGCUGCGGAUGUGGUUGAAUUCAAUCCACAGCGGGACACAGUUGACGGGAUGACUGCGAUGGUUGCUGCCAAGCUGGUAAGGGAACUGACAGCAAAGAUAUCAAAAUGAUGAACUUUUCAAGUUCAGGGGGUUCUUUGUUGCUCCUGGAAUCCUUGUUGGCAUAUUUUUCAUUAGUCGCUAUGGAGGGCUCCCACCACCCCCCCCCCCCCCCCCCCUCUCCCAUCCACCCAAAACACACACUAGCAGCGAUGAUAUUUUGAUGCAUUGGAUGGGACGACGUUUGUACUUCAUCUCAAGACCAGGAAUGAGAGUUUUUUUUUUUUUUAUUUAUUUUAAUCUAGGUGGCAUUGUUGUCUAUGCGUCUUCAUGAAGCAGUCACAGUCCUCGACUGUUGUGGCUAGAUAUAAUUAUAUCUCCUAUAAUACAGAAAUUAAGGGCUGAAACAAUCUGGAAAAAGAAGUGGCAUAUUGUCUAAGUAGUGAAAUUGUAACUAGCACGCCAUCUAAGAAACAUGACAGUGUAGGAAACUUAUUAUAGGGAUUUUUUAUUAUGAGAAUCUUUUCUCACAUGUAAAAAGAAACUAGAAAAUAUUGUAGGAUAUGCAAUGAAUUUAUCCUACCAAUGUGGCACACGAAGAAGAAUUUUAAUUUUUCUUUUUA